CAAUACUUAAGUUUCAGUUUAUAUUUGGGGAUGUCCUUGACAACAUAUUUCAACAGAUAAAUGCCAUAAGCUGGCAAACUGAAAUAGUUGCAUCACAGUUAAUCUAUCCAUACAUGUACUGAAGGAAGCUAGAAAUGAUUUUGUUCAACAAACAACUACACAAUGACAGUAGAAGGCAAUAGUAUAGACAGAAACUAAAUGCUGCCCCAGAACAGUGAUCCAAUCUUAGUUUAGCAACCAUAACUAGGCAGGGUAGCAAGCAAUACUCCAACUAUUUAAAAAAAGGGCUGUUUUCAGCCACUUUUGAUCUUCCCAGAUCAAAAAUAUGACAUCAGAGUUGUAUCUGAUGUAUUUAAUAGUGUGUGUGUCUGCUUUACUGUAAACAAACCUUUGGCUUAUACUCUCCAGAUGUCUCUUUUCCCAGUAACACUAUUCAGUUUCUUCUUGAGUGUUAUCCCAUGGUGUUCCCAGGUCAGAUGAGACAUGCAAUCCAUCUAGUCUAUUCCCAGAUCUCCUCCCAGUUGGGCAUACCUAGAAAACCUUCCAAAAGAGGUGCCCAGGAGACCUUUUUAUCAGAUGGCUAAAUUACCUCAGCUGGCUUCUUUCAUAGUGGAGCAGCGACUUUGUUAUGAGCUCUGAGCUCUCUGUCUUAGUCCAGCCACCCUAAGGAGGAAACCUAUUUCAGCUGCUUGUAUCUGCAACCUCAUUCAUUCGAGUGUGAUCAUAGGUCGGAGUUUGAUUUUUUGGCUUGCAACUCAGCUCUCUCUUAACCAUGACAGUUCAGUUCAAUUUUAUUUAUAUAGCGCAGAUUCACAGUCUAUGCCAUCUCAAACCACAAAUUACAAACAAUGAACAGAGAAAACCCAACAGUCCAAAGUUCCCUUUGGAUUCCCUAUGAGCAACAGCAGGAAGGAGCAAAAAACCCUGGGAUAGGGAGAGGAAAAGAAAACCUCCGACAGAACCAGGCUGAGAGAAGACGGCCAUCUGCCUUGACUGGUUGGAUGAGAGUGGGGAUGAGGGGGUGGGGAUGGUAGGAUAGCAGGUGGUGAGGCCAGCGGCUGCAUAUCAGAGACAUGUAGCUCCAGAUCUAGUACCGUAGGUAUAAAGACAUUCUGGGAGAGAACACGCACAGGACACAAGACUUUGGGGGAAAGACAAGUGACAUGAAUGGUGACAUUUAACAGUAUAGAGAGAGUAGAGGAGAGGAGCCCAGUCCAUCAUGGGAAUCUCCUGGCAGUCUAAACCUAUAGCAGCAAAAUUAAGGGACAACUCAGGUGAUCCCAAGCAGCCCUAACUAUAAUCUUUAUCAAAUAGGAAAGUUUUAAGUAUAACCUUAUAAGUAGAGAGGGUGUCUGCCUCACGAAUCCAAACUGUGAGCUUAUUCCAAAACAGAGGAGCCUGAUAGCUGAAGGCUCUGCCUCCCAUUCUGCUUCUAAAAACUCUGGGAACUACAGGAACUCUCAGCAGUCUGAGAGUGAAGGGCUCUGUUAGAUGAUAUCAUACAAUAAGGUCUUUAAGAUAAAAUGGAGCUUGGUCAUUAAGAGUUUUAUAUGUUAGAAUCAGAAUUUUAAAUUCUAUCCUGGAUUUUACAGGGAGUCAAUGAAGAGAAGCUAAUAUGAGAUAAAUAUGAUCUCCCUUACUGGUUCCUUUCAGAACUGUGGCUGCAGCAUUUUGUAUCAGCUGGAGAUUUUUCAGAGAAUUAUUGGGACAUCCUGAUAAUAAGAAACUACAAUAGUCCAGUCUCGAAGUUUGUUGGGAAAUUUCUUCUCUGGUGGAGUCCUAACUUCUCCUGAUAACAGUCGGAGUCAUUUCAUUAAAGUCAAAUUCUUAACUUGCAGCAACUGACUCAAUAUGCACAGGACAGAGUCUCUGAGCAAAUGAUUAAGGACUGUAGGCUACACACAAGCUUCAUAGGCAGGCAUUUGCAUGAGCUGUUGUGCAAUCGCCAUCACACAUUGAUAUUUAGAACAAAGAGGGACUUGUAGUGUGGUUGAACUCAGUUUGUGUCAGUUCCUGCCGUCAGUUCACACAGCUUUGGAGCUCUCAGUAGUUUUCCACAAAUUCAGUAUAAUACAGAGAAUGGUACAUGAAAUCAUCACUCUGAGACAAGAUGUUUCUGAUUUUUACAAUAUUAUGCAGAUGAAAGAAAGCUGUCCUACAAACUUGUUUUAUAUAUAUUUGAACAACAUAUCCUGAUCAAAAAUAACUCCAAGAUUUUUUACAGUAGAACUGUAGGCUAACACAAUGUUAUCUAGAGUAACUAUCUGGUUACUGGUCCAGUACAAUGCCAGUAUUACAGCCGGUGUUGUCCCCAGUCAUCUGCCCCUUUCAUACUCCAUUUUCUCAUCACUCGCUCCCAAAACUAGUCUGCACCACCAGUGGUCUGCCCACCCAGGUGCCUUGCUCUUGCCUGCCGUCAAGCUUACAAUGCACCUGAACCAAAUGCCUAUCACUGGGUGGUGGUCCAAUGUAGCGUUUUCAAACUGUGCCCAACCAAGCCCCAUUGUGUCACCAGGCAUUCACUGGCAAACUCCCCUCCCAUGCUUGGCUCCAGAACGGGACUCCAGUCUCCCUAUUCUGGCAAGGUUGUGCCAUUCCUUGAAUUCAUUGAGGUCUUUGAAUUACUCUUAGUCUAGUAUCUCCCUUAGGAAUAAUUUGCCUUGUGAGACCCCCUCAAGGACUUUUGGCCCAGAUAAUGUAGCACUAUAGCACAAAGGACGACAGGAGCACACUAACUCCUUCAACGCAAUAAGGGGGAGAUUCUUCUGAGGGCCACCCUAACCUAACCCCCUGUUACUUCAAAGGCUAACAGUUAUGCUGUGUUAUUUUGUGUAGUUAUCUGUAACGGUAAAAAUGACUUACUUACUCUGAGUAGUAAUUAUCCAGCAUUGAAGAUGGAAGAGGGGAAAGGAUUCGGACAUUAAGGAUUACUCUAAAGUUUGUUUAAAGCAUUAAAAGGUAACAUGUGGACGUACUUAUCAAAUCACCACUGAAAGCGGCUUACAGUCUGACUGCUAGUUGUCUGACUCAUUUAGCAUUAUUCUAGCUUUCUCGAAACCAACUGAUAAAUGUGCCAGUUAUUGGUGAAUUGCUGAGACUUAUGUGCCUUUGCAACAUACCCAUGCUCAUUUGUCGAAACACUCCAGCAUUGGAUUGGUCAUCAGCUCUUGUGGUGCAGUGUGCACCACUACUUCCAUCAACCUGGAUGCAGAAUGCUUCAUUCAAAAAAAUUUUACCUCAGUAAUAUCCAUUUUAUUCAUUUCAUUGUUCCAUACAGGAAGAUGUCUUAACAUUUUAAUAUUAGGCUAAAUAAACCCUUUUGUUUUACAUUAAAAGGAAUAUUACUGACAAAGUGAGAGUGAGACAAUGCAUGUAAUCCUCUUAGAAGACUUCAGGUGUUAGGCAUUAUGCUGAUCCAUUGUGAAGACUUGCUCUGCGUCCUACAUAAGCCUUUGGUCAUUGCCAACAGUUUUUGUUUGUGCCACAACACCCGACGGUGGAAAUCUGCUUUUGGAGAUUUUAGCACCUCUGACUUUGCAAGACAUUAACUCUAUGGUAAGUUAGUAUUUGUGAUUAAAUACACUGUUUUGUAUGUGCUCUCUGGAUUUGAUGAGGAAAUUAGUCUCGCCCAUUACCACAUAAUAUUUUCCAUUCAUUUAAAGCAUUAUACAGUUUUGGCUGCCUAUGUUGAUGUUUUGCCGUUGUUUGGUGUUAGUCUUUACUUGCAGCUUUAUCAUGCGCUCGGAAAACUCUGAUUAUGCAUGAAGAUGACACUUUCUAAAUGGGCUUAUGAAUAAUGCUAUGCCAGACAAUUAUGUAUAAAGUGCAUGAAGAAUAAUCCCACAUGCUCUCUCUCUCUGCUUUCUUUAAUUUGCAACAGGCUGGGUUUUCUAAGGAGUCGAGGAUGUAACAUGAAUAACGUUGUUGAAGUUGUGAAUUCUGUCAAACUAUGGUCUGUUGGGGAGACAGCUGGACUCUGCCAAAGGCCAUUUAUGCAGCUUAAGUCAGUCUAGCCAGUAGCCAAACUGCUUUGGAGCAAAAAUGUAUUGUACAAGAAAGAAGCGACUUCAGCUGAGCCGGGUCCUAUUUCUCCUCUCUGGGGUUUUCCUCUGUACCCUCUACCAGCUGACCAUUAGUGCCAGACUGUAUGAGCCUUUGCCAAUGCCUCAGAUUGGAGAGGACUUUGAAGAAGGUUCAACAGAGGGGGUUGAGGAGGCUACAGUAGAGCCUGGAGGCCUGGAGGAACCUCUAACUGCAACACAUGAAUUGGAGCCCACAGAUCAAACGACACCAGCGAUGCAUGUGGGGCAUCAGACAGGCACAACUUCAGAUUUCAAAGCAUCCACCACUACUGAAUCUCCACUGUUGCCAACCACAAAUCGGACUAUUGUGCGCUGCAUCUAUGUGGCCCCUGAGCCUCCACCAGAGACACCCACAGCAGCUCCAGCUCCUCCUAUAACCACCAUAAUCCCAGCUACACCUGGUGAAGCUCCACAUGUAAAGGGUGAAUACCCUGAAGACAUCUUUUCUAUUGAAGACCGCAGACGAGGCUGGGUGAUCCUCCACGUUAUUGGGAUGAUGUACAUGUUUGUGUCCCUUGCCAUUGUGUGUGAUGAGUUCUUUGUUCCUGCACUGGGGGUAAUCACAGACAAGUUAGCCAUUUCCGAUGAUGUUGCAGGAGCCACCUUCAUGGCUGCCGGAGGUUCUGCUCCUGAGCUUUUCACCUCCUUGAUUGGAGUCUUCAUCGCCCACAGCAAUGUGGGUAUCGGGACAAUUGUUGGUUCAGCGGUUUUCAACAUUUUGUUUGUGAUUGGAAUGUGCGCUCUGUUUUCUCGGGAGAUUCUUCAUCUGACCUGGUGGCCACUUUUCAGAGAUGUAUCAUUCUACAUACUUGACCUCAUCCUACUGAUUAUCUUCUUCCUGGAUAAUGUUAUAAUGUGGUGGGAGAGCAUGAUGCUGGUGGCCGGUUACACUACCUAUGUCAUUUUCAUGAAGUUCAAUGUGCAACUAGAGCAAGCAUUCAAGACCCAGCUCCACAAACAUAAGAGCAUUGUCAAAGUUAUUGCUGUGGAAGAAGCUGACAAGACAAACGGAGACGGUGAAGAUAAUGCCCCCCCUGCUCCAGAGGACAAGAAUCGGUUAAAGUUAAAACCAUCCCUUCAGCGAGGGGGGAGCUCUGCUUCUUUACACAACAGCACCAUGAGGAACACCAUCUUCCAACUCAUGAUUCACACAUUAGACCCCAUAGGACAGGGAAAAUUUAAGGAUAAGGCUGAAACUCUGAAUAAUGUGGCUAGACGGAAGGCAGAGAGCAAACCUCAAGACAAAGGUGAAGCAGAUGGUGAGGAGAAAAGUGAGCAGACUAAAGCGCCUGAGGCUGCCCCAGCUGCAGAAGCAGAGAAGAAGGAGCAGCCAGAGGACGAGAAGGUACUCUCCUACCAUGUCCAGGUCCUUAUCAAAAAGCCCAGAAGUCAGUCUUUGAUACCUGUCUAUGAGGAUGUACCAGCAAAACAGAAUGGGUCGGGAGGCUCAGAAGACUCUGACAGUGAGGAAGAGGACAGCGAUGAUGACAGUGAUGAGUCCAGUGAAGAUGAGGAUGAUGAUGAAGAAGAUGACACAGAGGAUGAAGGAGAGGAAAAAGAAGAUGAGCCUCUCUCUUUAGAGUGGCCUGACACACGACGUAAGCAAGCCACCUACCUCUUCCUGCUGCCUAUAGUUUUCCCUCUGUGGCUCACAGUCCCUGACGUUCGCAACCAGAAAUCCAGGAAAUUCUUUGUCAUCACCUUCCUGGGCUCUAUUAUGUGGAUCGCUGUCUUCUCCUACCUCAUGGUGUGGUGGGCCCAUCAGGUGGGUGAGACCAUCGGCAUCUCAGAGGAGAUUAUGGGCUUGACUAUUCUGGCUGCAGGGACCUCCAUCCCUGACCUCAUUACCAGUGUGAUUGUGGCUCGCAAAGGCCUGGGGGACAUGGCUGUAUCCAGCUCUGUGGGCAGCAACAUCUUCGACAUCACUGUGGGCCUACCAGUCCCGUGGCUCUUGUACUCAUCCUUUCACGGUUUUGCUCCAGUGGCUGUCAGCAGCAACGGGCUCUUCUGUGCCAUCGUGCUGCUCUUCCUCAUGCUCCUCUUUGUCAUCAUCUCCAUUGCAACAUGUAAAUGGAAGAUGAAUAAGGUGCUGGGUUUCACCAUGUUUCUCCUCUACUUCAUCUUCCUGGUGCUCAGUGUUAUGCUGGAGGAUCGGAUCAUCAUCUGCCCUGUUUCUAUCUGAAAGUGUGAACAGAGGCCUUGUCAACAGCAAAUGUUCUCUCCACUUGUGAGCUGAAGCAGAACUGUUAACCCUUAAAAGUUCGGAUUACAUGAGCAUGGAUCAGGAUAUCUAUAGAAACCAUUCAGAACGCUACUAUAGUUGCUCUGCAUUGUGGCUGGUAUGUCAGCAGCAAUACACAUACGACAACACUUUCUAGAACCUGAUACAUACUCACUUUUAGCAACAAUGGCAGCUUUUUUAUUUAUUUUUCAUGAUACCGGGAAAUGCAGAACUACUAUUUAAUACUGUGUAGAUUGUCCACUAACAGGGACAAUAACAUUUUUCACUGUUUACACAACAUUGUCUAUGUAAUUAAACUAGAAGUCUAGAAUAUGUGUACAUUUUGGAAAAAGUAGCUUUCUAAAUGUGAAUUUUGCACAAUAUGUAAGUAUACAAAUGCAUGAACAAAUGUUUCAUAACAUUCAUUAUAGAAAAUCUGAGCUUGCUUGAUCUUAGUUUUUAUCAAAACAGUCAGGCAUAGUACUCAGUUUGAAAAAAAAAUAAAUGAAACUUGACAUCCAUAGAAUAAACGUGUUUAUUCAUAAAUGAAGGCAAACUAUAGAUCCAGCCAGGGAAGAAAUUCGAUUUCUUUUCUUUUUUUAUGUAAAAAUCAUACAAAUUAGUAUCUGUGUUACAAAUGAUAAAUAAUACUUCGUAAAACAUUGUUCAAAUUGACAAAUAGUGUAAACAACACAUAGACAUAAAAUUAUGUUUUGGUCAUCAGUGUUUUUUUUCGUUUGCUUUUUUUUUAGUCACUGGUUACAAGGUGGUUAAAAUGCAAAUUUACAUGCUGUGAGAUUGGCGUUUCUUCCAAGCACACAGCCUUAUCUAAUCCAGCAUUGUGUCAUCGUAAGUUAUUGUGAAGUCCAGUAAUAAGCCGUGGAGCUGCGUCACAUUACCAACAGAAUCUAGGCAGGUUGUUGUCAGUUAAUAGUGAAAGACAAUAUCAACACAGUGAAUUGUCACACUCAUUUCUAAGGUGAUUUUAAAUUAGGGCAGGUCAGAGCUGUUGUUCAAACCUAACACCUUUCACAUUUAUAAGUCUUUUAAUAUGCUCAGUACCAAGACACCUGCACUGUGAUCUGCUCAAAGAGACAGCCAGAUAUAAUAAGUGAUUACAAUGUCUGUAUGUCACAUUUAACAGUGCACUGUUGUCCAAAUAUCUAAAACUGACAUCUACACCAAACAGUGAAGAUCAAAAGCAAAUAUACAAAAUACUAGAGCCAAAUACUCUGUACACUUUUAUGGAUCCAUUACCAUGUCCGUAAAUUCUUUCUUUAGAAAAAUGUGUUGAUUAAACCAGCAUAUUACAUUAAUAUUCAGUUUUUAUUUCUCUACUUGUAGUUUGAUUGUACUGUUUUAAGGAAAUCUAUCCUUGGUGGUCGCAUAUAACACAUAAAUUAUUCAAUCUUCACUUUAAAAAAGGUAUUGCUUAAAAAAAAUGUAAAUAAAUUACAGAAGUAACAUUCCCUUUUGGGUUCUUUUGGUACAUUGUACAAAAACGGAAAGAAAAUAAACAUUGUGCAUAUACUGUGAAUUAAA